AUGUCGCGGAACAUCGAGAUCGCACAAUACUCUGGCAAGGACCCGGGAGAGUCUUGCGAACGAGAUGGCAGCAACAAGGGCAGAUGGAUGGGCGGAAUGGCAGGCAGGAGGUACCACCAGCAGCACCGGCAGCACCAGCAGCAGCAGCGCACAACACUGCAACGGUUCGGUGGAUCAGGGCAGAGUCACUCAGAUGGGAUCAGAGGAGAGAGGUGGACUUGCUUGUUGGAUCCAUGGAGUCAGAACAGGAGACCAGUACCACCACUGGCCGAGCAGCAGUAG